UGACGGUGGCCAAUGGUUAGUAGAUGGUUAGAAUUCGCGGCAAGCAGUCGAGCCGAGCAGGAGCAACCGCAGGCCACCUGUGUCGUUGUCAAGUCGUCGAGAAGAAGCAAACCUUAUUGUUUCGCUGUGUCUCAUAAUAGCUGCAGAAUUGGUUGGAACAUUAAAAGCGAAAGUGUUUUUUACAAUUGGUAGUUUCUAUUGCAAAGUGAGAAAACAAGACGAUACUGUAAAAUAAACGAGAGUUUUUUGAAGUGUUAUCAACGAGGAUUUAUUAUAUUCACCGUUCCACAACACCUCAUGGACAAAUAGAUCCAAAUAAUAGCUAAAGCAAAGUUCUACCGUCUAAACCAUAGCCGGCAACGUUCAUGGCUAACCUUAAGAUCGAAACGCUUCCCGAUCCGGGCAACCGGUACAAGCUCGGCGAGCUAAUCGGCAGCGGUGUGUGUGCAAAGGUGUACCGGGCUACUGAUACGCAGGCCGGCAACAAGAAUGUUGCGAUAAAGGUGCAAAAGUUUGAAGGCGAAACGAAAACCGCUAUCCAGGAGGAGUUUCGCAUUUUGCGCGACCACUCCAAGCAUGCGAACCUGAUCGACUUCUACGGCAUCUAUCGGAAGAAGUGUCCGGCUGGGGAGUGCGACGAGAUUUGGUUCGUGCUGGAGUACUGCGACUACGGUCCGGCAGUGGAUGUCGUCCGAAAACUGUUUGUUAACAAUCGGCGCGCCAGUGAGCUGCAGCUUGCGUACAUUCUUCGUGAAGUCUCGCGAGCGCUGGUGUAUCUGCACGAACACCAUAUCGUUCAUCGUGAUGUGCGUGGUAGCAACAUACUGCUCACGAAGGACGGCGAGGUGAAGCUGUGCGACUAUGGACUGGCACGCGAUACGAAGUCCACGCUGGGAAAGCGAGGCACCUGCAUCGGAUCACCCUGCUGGAUGGCUCCGGAAGUUGUCACUAGCUCCAAGAGUGACAAAGAUGUCUACGAUAAUCGGUCGGACGUGUGGGCUUUGGGCAUUACGGCGAUUGAGCUGGGCGAUGGUAAGCCACCGUUCGCGGACAUGCACGCCACCCGUGCCAUGUUCCAGAUCGUGCGCAAUCCUCCGCCAACGCUUUAUCGGCAAUCGAACUGGUCGCAGGAGUAUAACGAUUUCAUUGCCGAAUGUCUCGAGAAGAACCCAGACCACCGGCCGUUCAUUAUGGAAGUUAUCGAGCAUCCUUUUCUGACCCAAGUGCCUGAGAACGACUACCAUCUGAGUCAAGAGCUGAAAAUGUUGGCCGAAUCGGUGCAGAGCACACAGCUGCCGAAAAAGGAGGAAGUGGCGGUCCUUCGUGGCAUGCUAAAGUCAGCCGAAGCACGCCCUGAGAAACUGCACGUCGAAGAUCUGGCAGCACUGGAGCAGCUGUCCGAGGAAACGAUACUGGAAGAGAUCACGCAGCGAUACAAAAACGGUAACACAUACACGUUCGUCGGCGAUGUGUUGAUCUCACUCAAUCCUAACGAAACUAUCCCGGAGUAUGUGCGUGGUUUCCAUUCAAAGUACAUGUUCAAAUCGCGCUCGGAUAAUGCACCACACGUCUUUGCAAUCGCGGACAGCGCGUACCAGGACAUGCUGCACCACGAGGAACCGCAGCACAUUAUACUGGCCGGUGAAAGUUACUCGGGAAAAACGACCAACCUGAAACUGCUUAUGAAACAUCUCGGAGUGCUCGGUGAGGGCAAUCCCGGAGUGUACGAGCGUAUCGUAAACGGAUACAAAGCUCUCAGCGCUCUUACCAAUGCCGGAACACCGUUGAAUCCGAACUCCACCCGAAGUAUCGUACAGGCGCAGCUUACAUUCGGUUCGACUGGUAAACUGUCCGGUGCUAUCUUUUGGGUGUAUCUGCUGGAAAAGCUUCGCAUCUCGUCAACUAAUAUGAACCAAUCGAAUUUCCACAUCUUCUACUACUUCUACGACACGAUGGAUGCCGAGGAACGGUUGCUGGACUUUUCCCUCGAGGGAGGCCGUAACUAUCGCUAUCUGCGCAUAUCUGACGGCAUGAGCUCGGACAAGCUUAAGUAUUGCCGAGAUGACAUUGUCGGUAAUGUACGGGCCUUCAAAGAGUUUGAGGAGCAACUGUUAGCUCUCGAGAUAUCGCAGGACAUUCUGGAAACCAUCUACCGGACGCUGGCCGCAAUUCUGUUGCUGGGCGAAGUGCGAUUCAAGGAAACGGAUGGCAUGACCGAGCUGGAGAGCUUUGAGGUGAUCAGCAAGAUCGCCACGCUGCUGCAGCUGGACGAGAAAAAGUUCCAGUGGGCUUUGCUGAACUAUUGCGUAAUAGUGCGCGGAUCGGCUGAACGCCGACGCCACACGGCCGAUGAGGCACGCGAUGCUCGGGAUGUUUUGGCGGCGACCAUCUACUCUCGGCUGGUCGAUUGGAUUACGAACACCAUCAAUCAGAAGCUUGCCUUUGGUAGAGCUAUUUAUGGAGAUAAACAUUCCGUUACCGUUACGGAUCAUUUUGGAUUUGAGUGCUUCCACCGGAACCACAUCGAUCAGUUGGUUGUGAAUGCGCUCAACGAACAGAUGCAGUACUUGUACAACCAGCGCAUCUUUGUGUUUGAAAUGAUCGAAAUGGAAGAGGAACAAGUUCCUGUAACUCCCCUGCACUACUACGACAACAAGCUGGCGGUUGACCACAUCCUCACCAAACCGAAGGGAGUGUUUAGCUUCAUCGAUGACGCUAGCCGAGGACGCCACGGCCAGAACUACAUAAUCGAUUCAAUCCACACGAACAAGAGCCCGUUCAUCAAGCGUGCCAGCGGUCACGAGUUUACCGUGGCGCACUACACCGGACGCAUUACGUACGAUGCGCGCGAUAUGCCCGACAAGAACCGGGACUUUAUUCCGCCCGAAAUGGUGGAAACGUUACGCGCAUCUGGUGAGCCCAUCAUCAAGAUCAUGUUCUCCAAUCAAUUGUCACGCACCGGCAAUCUUACCAUGGCGGCCGAGGACGCGCUAGGCAUGCUGGUGGACAAACCGACCAAGAAAAAGCGCUGGGGAGCGGCUCUGGUCGCGGAGAAAAACAAGGCCAAAAAGAUGAACACCCUCUCGAAGGGUAUGUACUCGCAGGUGCACAAGAUGCGCACGAUUGCAGGGGUUUUCCGGGCGACUAGCCUGGAACUGUUCAAAACACUCUCGAUCGGUCCGAACAGUGGCGGUACGCACUUUGUUCGCUGCAUACGCUCGGAUCUCGAGUACAGGCCGAAGGGAUUUGCACCGGAAAUGGUGCGGCAGCAAUUGCGUGCCAUGGCCGUACUGGAUACGGCCCGGGGCCGACAGAAGGGCUUCUCCCAUCGGAUUCCGUUCCAGGAGUUUUUGCGACGGUAUCAAUUUCUGGCAUUUGAUUUCGACGAGAAUGUGGAGAUGACGCGCGACAAUUGUCGACUGCUACUGCUGCGCUUGAAGCUCGAGGGUUGGGUGAUCGGGAAGACGAAGGUGUUUCUGAAGUACUACAACGUGGAGUAUCUACAGCGGCUGUACGAGACGCAAGUGAAGAAGAUAGUAAAAAUUCAAGCGAUGAUGCGUGCCUUCCUCGCGAAGCGUACCGUUGCGACCAAGCUAAAACAGGUCCAUCGUGAAUCGAUUCGGAAGCGACAAAUGGUCAAUCAGGAUAGUCAGGAUGAAGCGGCACUUAAAAUUCAGUCAGCCUAUCGUGGCCAUAUGGCUCGCAAGAAGUAUCGACCACUGAUUAACGACCGCACGGGCAAGCUGGAUGCAGAGACGGCCGAGUUCAUGAAGCCUUUUGUCUAUCGCUGGAGAAAAAAGUCCAUGUAUCAGGUGCUUCUGCAGUAUCGUGCAGCACGAUAUCAGGAUCUGGUGAACCUAUCGCAACAGGUUCACAUUUACAACCAGCGGCUCGUUGCCGGAUUCGCCACCAGCAGUAACUGCAUUAUGCUGGACAAGAUCGAUCCGAACCAGCGCAAUCCGGCCCUGCUCGGCCCGCAGCGUCCGGCUGUGUGGAAGUUGCGAUUCCGAUUCGACGAUAUUCCCUUCUUCGACACGACGUACAUGUGUGACCCGUCGUCCGCCUCCUACGUCUACACCGGCAACGAUUCGGACACGGAAGACUGGGACGCCCCGCUGCGACGCAGGAAAAACCUGUCCUCGGAGAUUACCAAAUCCGCCCAGAAGGACUACCGAAUGGAUGGGCCCGGUGACGUUGGGCAGCAUUCACUCGCCAACGAACCAUUCCAUCGGGAUCCGAGCUUACCGAUCAAACGCCUUUCGCCACACCAUGUGGUGGAGCCGUACGCUGUGAACCGUCCCCGGUCACCGAUUCAAUCGGCCACUCCAAUGUCCUCGGUCUAUUCACCCAUCCCGUAUGCCCGGCAAAGUGUCGACGACAUUCGCAACAAGUUCAGUGCCACCAGCUUCGACGAGACGGGCUCUGUCGGUACAGGCAAGACGGCCAUUUACAAAAAACGGCAGGCACCACGGGUCCCAAUGGCGGAGCCGGAAGUACCGAUUGCGGCCGAGUUUCCGCAGAAAAGCGUUAAAAAGCGGCCUGCCCCUCAGCCGCAGGUGCGACCGAUCACACCGACCAAAAUCAAUCCGAUCAAGGAAAUGGAGCUGAUUGGCAAGAAAAACACCGACGAGAAUGACAACUCGGACGAUGAGCCCCCGUUCAACUUCCAGGGUAUGUUGCGAAAGACAAACUACAACCGUGCCUCGAUGAAGCGCAACUCGGAAGGGCUUUCGAUGACCACAACAAGCAUCGAUUACGAUGACGCAAACAAUAACAACAACAACACCAACGGCAACAGCUACUAUCCCACUGCCAAUGCGGACGCCAAGCGCAGAGACGCCGCCAAUGUGGUGUACCAGAGUAAACCGACCGAACGGCCGAAAUCCUGCCAGGGCGCGGAGAAUGGCAACCGUAGCAACAGUGCCUCGCCCAACCAGCGGAAGCUUUCCCUCUCGCAGGACACGAUUAUGAUGAACGAGCAGAAGGCGGGGCCGUCGCGUAGCCGCUCCACCACACCGCAGGACAUUAACCAGAACAGCCUGACCGGGGGCUUCAUCAGCGAGGAGAUUGUACCGGGCAUCAUCGUGGAAGGAUAUGUGGAAGAGUUCUAAGUGUUGUCGAUUGCUGAUUGUUAUGCUAGUGCAUAAGUGCACGCCGUUACUCGAAAGUAGGUUAACGUUUGCCCCAUUUGUUAGCCAGUUUGUUGGUCCCGCUAAGCUCACACACACACACACACCUUUUCCCCAAUAAAGUCUAUUUCCUUGCAAAUGCUCAUGACCAAGUG